GUGGGUAUAAACACCAACGACCAUUACUCAAAUCUCACUUGCUUCAGUGCUGGUGAUUUCUGUUGGAGUUUAGUAUUUAAACAAUCGUAUCGCCGUUCUAGUUCUAGCGAUGCAUAACUUCAAUGCGAAACCAUACAACAGUACAGAGGAAAUGAGAAAGCUCUCCUCCAAGCGAUGAAGCUCAACUGGUUGGGGUAUCCCACCAACAGAGAGCGCCACCAGCUUUUUCACUAUUUUUAGAAUGCAUGAGUCGUUUGCCGUCUGCUAAACGAAGUCUUUCUAUAUUCCGUUUAGGUAGAGAACUUGAGUCGUUUAGAAGCCGUUUAGUGGUCGUUUAGUGGAUUUGUGGCACUUGGGAUGCUUGUUAUUGAGUCAUUCGAGUUGACGACUGUACCACGGGACCGCCCCAGACUUUGAAAUAUGCUUCAACUAAAAAAAUAUGCAUAUUAUGUAUAUUUAACAUGUAUAUUUAAAUGCAUAAACAUGAGAUACCCCGACGCCAGUCUUCCAAGAAGGCCACAUUUCGGCAUACAUGUUUUUUUGAAUCGCAAACAAAUCCUCAAUUUCUGUUAUUUCUAGUACUAGUCGAGCAGAUAUCGAAUUAAAAUUGAUUAUAACUUUCACAAGGAGAAUCAGCUCGAAAACAAGAAAAGUAGUGCUCGAAAAUGUCACUUGGGUCAGCUAGUUUUUUGGGACCAGUUGAAGCGGUGCCAUGCAGCAAAAUUGUGCGUAAAAAAGCUGAGACCAUUACCUCUGUUGUGUAUCUCUUUUCAGCUGAAAUGUUGCCAUUCUUCGCAGUUGCAAAACGGAACGCGUUCCAGCGUGAAUUGUGGUGUCACUUCUGCGUAGCGUGAUAGAAUCGUACCUAAAAGUGGGAAACUCUUCUGAUCGGAUUACGCAUUUUUCGCUGUGGAGUGGUCAGUUUAACGAAAUCACAAGUUAGCAUCAUGAGUGAGAAUCGUGGGUUUGGUUUCGGGUGUCGAGAAGCCCCGGAUAUUUGCGACAAGUUUUUGGAAAACCAUGGAUACUACCGCAAACACACAGCAUUAGAUUCGUCCUCGCUGUUCCGCGUCGUCUCCGAACAGCAGUACAGCAUCCAGUUACACCACGAGGAAGUCCGCAAGCAAUGUGUAAACUACAUGCGCGCCAAUAGAGCGCAAUUUAAAAAGGAUAUCAAGUGGGACUUUGAAGGGUAUUUGGAAAAUAUGAGUCGGCUGAAAACGCACGGUACCCUGGUGGAACUGAAAGCCUUGGCGCAUCUUCACAAAGCCAAUGUUCGCUUGUUCGAACCGUUUGCCGAUGGAAAAUGGUUCCUGCAGAAUGAUUCGUACGAUAAUCUUUGGAGAGUGUUUAUCGGGCGUAAUAAUCAUUUCGAUUCGAUUUAUACCAUGGACCACAUUACUAAUAUGGCCGAAUGCCAGGCGAUAGUGUACGACAUACUGUACACGAAGGUGUUGCUAAUGCCUGACGUGCAGUAUGCGGUUGAGCGGAUGCUGCACGAUCCUGAAGAUCACAGGAUCACGUACGACGAAGACGAGCAGGGUAGCAAAGUCGUCACAACAGAAGAUGGCCGACAAAUGAAGCUGAGCGCGGCUAGCGAAACGGAAUGCGUGCUGAAGAAUUCGCAGCUGUGUCAUUUCCAUAACAUAACAAACUUUGAUGCGAUUCAGCAGUUCUUCGCCAUCCAUGGUUCGGCCGAGGGCUACCGUGUGUACGUUGGGCUGAACGUGCGUCAGGGUGUAAGGAAGCCGAAUCCGUUGCUGGAGGACCAAAACUUGUCCUGCGUGCGUCAGUUGCUGAACCUAGGCAUUACGCCGUUCCCGUACAAGGUGGCCAAAGCACUCGAUCGUAACAUCUACCGGAACGUGGAGUUUGACGUGUGGCACGAGAUCCGGGCGGAGAAAUGGAAAGCACAUCUUUUGCAGAUAACACACAGAGCACAUAACGAGAACCAAAUCGAUCAAACGAGACAAUCGUACGAAGAUAGAUAUAUGCAUGAAGGCAAUCGUCGUGGCAAGCGUAUAGAAUUCGUUAAAAAUCCGUUUAUAGAGCCGUCCGAGAUAAAUGAAGUGAUCGAUGCCAUAGCGGAAGACGAGCCCCCUGCACAGCAAUUGAACUCAAACGAAGUAGCCGAUCCUCAUCUGGCACUUGUGCCCUAUCCGGUAGAGCAGUGCGGGUAUCUUUCGCCGCCAGUUCAGUUCGGCGACACAAACGCGGUUGGUGUGGUUGCCUCCGAUCAAAACCAAUUUCCAUUUGGUGACAAGAACGGGCAGUGUUCUGCAGGAGGGGUAGGAUGCUGUACAAUUCUCCCGUUCUACCCUGUUGCUCCAAUGACAUUUCGUGCAUUACCUGGACUGAAUCAAAUACAGCAGCAGCUGCCCGCCAUUAUGCCAAAUAACAAUCAACAGCUUGUUUCUGAACAGCAGCAACAGCAACUGGCAUUUGUGCCGAACUCCUCCACGGUGAUUAAAACUUCCAACGAAUGUUCAAUGCUGUACCAUAUGCAACAAACUCAGAUAACUCAGCAGGUGUUGCAGCAUCAAAUACAACAGCAGCAGCUUCAGCAACAGCAGCAGCUCCAGCAACAGCAGCAGCUCCAGCAACAGCAGCAGCUCCAGCAACAGCAGCAGCUCCAGCAACAGCAGCAGCUCCAGCAACAGCAGCAGCUCCAGCAACAGCAGCAGCUCCAGCAACAGCACCAACAGCUGCAGCACCAAGAACAGCAGGAACACCAACAGCAGCAGCAACACCAACAGCAGCAGCAGCAACCGCAGAUCAUUUGCCCAUACGUUCCGAUUGCUGGACAUGCACCGUACAUACAUGGGUGCAUUUAUAACUGUGUGCCAAACGUAGGGGAAGCAAGCAAUCAUGGUACAAUAGCGUUGGCGUACGAUAUAAAUCCGUUGAAUUCGCCGCCGCCUUUCAAUUGUGCUCAAUUUUGGCCCAACAAUUAAGCUGAAUGUUUGCUUUUGAUGCUAAUGUAAUGGUUAA